CGUUGAGGUUCCCCGGCCCCUCACCCCCGUGUCCCCCCCCGGCAGAGCCUGGCUCGGGGUCCUGCAAACCGCGCCCCCCCUGCACGGACAAGGAUUUCUUCUACACCCACACGGCCUGUGACGCCGGCGGGGAGACGCAGCUGAUGUACAAGUGGGCAGAGCCCAAGAUCUGCAGCGAGGAGCUGCCGCAGGCGGCCCGGCUGCCGCCCUCGGGGGGCAGGUCGCGGUGCCCCCCCUGCAACCCCGGCUUUGCCAAGGGCGCCGGGGGCUCCUGCCAGCCCUGUCCCCGCGGCUCCUUCUCCAACGGCUCCGCCUGCCUGUCGUGCCCGCCGGGCACGGAGCCCGCGCUGGGCCUGGAGUACAAGUGGUGGAACGUGCUGCCCCCCAACAUGGAGACCACCGUGCUCAGCGGCAUCAGCUUCGAGUACAAGGGUGUCGCAGGCUGGGAGGUGGCCGGGGACUUCAUCUACACGGCGGCCGGAGCCUCGGACAGCGACUUCAUGAUCCUCACGCUGGUGGUGCCGGGCUUCAGCCCUCCCAGCCCGGUGCUGGAGGACACGGAGAGCCGGGAGGUGGGAAGGAUCACCUUCGUGUUCGAGACCGUCUGCAGCGUGGGCUGCGAGCUCUACUUCAUGGUGGGUGUGAACUCCCGCGCCACCAGCCCGGUGGAGACCUGGAGGGGCUCCACGGGCCGACGGUCCUACACGUACGUGGUGCAGCACAACGGCACCCUGAGCUUCACCUGGGCCUUCCAGCGCACCCCCUACCACCAGCCGGGACGGCGCUACACGGGUGACGUGGCCAAGCUGUACAGCGUCAACGUCACCAACGUGCUGGGGGGGGUGGCCUCCUUCUGCCGCCGCUGUGCCCCCCAGCCCGCGGGCCCCUGUGCCCCCUGUCCCCCCGGCAGCGCCCUGGACCCCACAGGGACCUGCCAGCCCUGCCCCCCCGGCACCAUCCUGCGGGGACCCCCCUCGGGAGGGACCCCCUCGUGCCACCCCUGCGGGCCCGGCACGCGCAGCAACCAGCUGCACUCCCUGUGCUACAACAACUGCAGCCUGUCCCUGUCCCUGCCCGGCCGGACGCUGCUCUACGAGUUCCCUGCACUGGGCGCGGGGCUGGGGGUGGGCACCGGGCCCAGCUUCACCCCCAAGGGGCUGCGCUACAGCCACCGCUUCCAGCUCAGCCCCUGCGGCCACCAGGGCAGGAAGAAGGCCUCGUGUGCCGACUCGGUGCCGCAGGGCCGGGGGGGGGCCCCCACCCGCCGGGUGACGUCCUACGUGUGCCAGGCCAUUGUCGUACCCCCCAAUGGUGCCGGGGCCCGCGGGGCCGUGUCCUCCCAGCCCGUGAGCCUGGGGGACACCCUGCUGGGUGUCACCACCAGCGCGGUGCUGGACGGCGUCGUGUCCCCCCCGGAGCUGUUCCCGGGCAGCCACCCCGACCUGCCCGACGUCAUCUUCUUCUUCAGGUCCAACGAUGUCACACAGCCCUGCACCAGUGGCAGGGCCACCACCCUCCGCCUGCGCUGUGACCCCCUGAGCCCCCCCAGUGGCACCCUGGCUGUCCCCAGCAAAUGCCCCGAAGGGACAUGUGACGGCUGCACCUUCCACCUGCUGUGGGUGUCCCCCCAGGGCUGUCCCCGCUGCGCCCCCUCCCACUACCGGGCCAUCCCCGGUGCCUGCAUUGGGGGCGUCCAGAAAACCACGUACGUGUGGCGGGAGCCGCGGCUGUGCCACGGGGGGGUUGCGCUGCCCCCGCAGGAAUCGCGGCCGUGCCGGAGCGUGGAUUUUUGGCUCAAAGUGGGAAUUUCCACGGGCACGGGCCUGGCCGUGCUGCUGGCCGCGCUCGCCGCCUAUUUCUGGAAGAAGACCCAAAAGCUGGAAUACAAGUAUUCCAAGCUGGUGAUGGACGCGGCGGCGCGGGAGGGAGAGGCGGCGUCCCCCGACAGCUGUGCCAUCAUGGAAGGCGAGGACGCCGAGGACGAGCUGCUCUUUGCCACCGAAAUGUCGCUUUUCGGGAAACUCCGGGCCCUGAAGGCCAAGCGGAUGCCGGACGGGUUCGACUCGGUGCCACUCAAGAGCUCGUCCAGCAGCACCGACCGGGAGCUGUGACGGGGCAGGGGGGGCCCCCUGUGACCCCCA